CGGCACCCAGAAGUGAACAAAGCGACCCGGAAGCGCUGCUGCGGCUGGAAGCAGGCAGACAAGAACAUCAAGCUUUUAUAUUAUAGCUGGUUGCCUUUUCUCGCAAGACAAUAUCUGCCGUCGGGACACCAAGGAUGGCCGAGCCUCGAUUUAACAACCCGUACUUCUGGCCGCCCCCUCCAUCCAUGCCGGGCCAGCUGGAUAACCUGGUGCUCAUUAACAAGAUCAAGGAGCAGCUGAUGGCCGAGAAGAUCCGACCCCUGCACCUGCCGCCUACCUCCACCCCGUCCCAGCAGUCUCUGCUGGUGUCCACCUCGUCCCCGGACGGCGGCGCCCAACACGUCAUGUCUAAGACCCUGUCGCAGCAGGUGCAGCAGGGCCUCCAGCACCACCAGCAGCAGCAGCAGCAGCAGCAGCAGCAGCAGGGCUCCGGACAGCCGGACAUUGCUCUACACGCUCGCCCCGCCUCCAGCUCUGGGCCAGAUGGAAACAUGGAUGACAAAUCAGCAGUGAAGGCCAAAGGAUUGUGGGAAGACUGGCACAUGAGACAGCUCAGCGAGCAGCAGGGCCGGAUCAACCAUCGCUCAGGUCUGGCUCCUUCAUCCCGACCCGACAGUCACAACACCUCGGAGGCCCUGACCCCCACGACUCCGACCUCCAGCGGCCAGAACCGCCUGGGCGGCGCCCCCUCCGUGAACAUCCUCUCCGGGUUGGCCAGCGGCCCCGGCAUGGACCACAUGAAAGUCGGAGGCCUGGCGGGUCUGCUGGGCCCCCCGCCGAAGGCGCCGCGAGGACGGAAGAAGAUCAAAGCGGAGAACCAGACGGGUCCCCUGCUGGUGGUGCCCUACCCGAUCCUGGCGGACCAAGGCUGCACUGUGGCACCCAAAGAGGGCAAAACCUACAGGUGUAAAGUCUGCCCGCUCACCUUCAUAACAAAGUCCGAGAUGCAGAUUCACUCCAAGUCCCACACGGAGGCCAAACCACACAAGUGUCCCCACUGCUCCAAGACGUUCGCCAACGCCUCCUACCUGUCCCAGCACCUGCGCAUUCACCUGGGGAUCAAGCCCUACCACUGCUCCUACUGCGAAAACUCCUUCCGUCAGCUGUCGCACCUGCAGCAGCACACCAGAAUCCAUACCGGCGACAGGCCGUAUAAAUGUGCUCACCCUGGAUGUGAAAAGGCUUUUACCCAGCUGUCUAACCUCCAGUCUCACCAGAGGCAGCACAACAAAGACAAGCCGUACAAAUGUCCCAACUGCUACCGUGCCUACUCGGACUCGGCGUCGUUGCAGAUCCACUUGUCAGCCCACGCCAUCAAAAACGCCAAGGCCUACUGCUGUAGCAUGUGUGGCCGGGCGUACACCUCAGAGACCUACCUAAUGAAGCACAUGUCCAAACACACGGUGGUGGAGCACCUAGUGAGCCACCAGUCGCCUCAGAGGACCGACUCCCCGAGCAUCCCCAUACGCAUCUCCCUCAUCUGAGGUCGGCCGGCCCGCUCAGCAGCAGGUCCCAUUCAAAGUCUACGUUAGGCUGGAGCUUACGAGGUCCCGCACCCACCGCCAUCCACAUCAGGCUUACAUUAGCAUUAUGACAGCUGACAUGAGCAUUCAGUGCUACAUUCAGUUAAACAGGCCGCCUCCAUUCAUCACGACACGGGCCGUCUGUCAAAAAUGAGCACAGCGUUAUUUUGUGAAUGUAAAAAUACUGCGAGACGUCGCCCGGGAGGAUCGAGUGGCAAAGAAUGUCUUGCGUCAGAUUUAAUAAGCACUUUCGUAAGCGUCGUGUAAACUGCCGGAUGCUUUGGCCAUCAGAAAUGUUUCAGUGAGAUUCUUUCUUUUUUUCUUUCUUUUUUUUAUCCUCUUCCAUGAAAUGGGUUUUCAAAAAAAAUGUGCCAGAUGAUAUUUGCCCUUAUAAAGAAUUAUGAAAUAUGAAAACUGUUUGCUGGGUGUGUUCUGGAGACAUCCAAAGAUAAUCGUAAAGCACUUUUAGGCCUUUUGGUUUUGGGCUCAAAUUGUUUCAAUCUUGUUGGAUGGGAAAUGCCAAAGGGCAUCAUUGUGGCAGCUAAGAGUUCUGUCUGUGUAUAAAUAAGUAUUUUCUAUUCCUCCUUUUGUUCUUACUCCCCGUUUGUGAGAGUAGACACUUACAUGGUCAUCUAAAUUUGAAGAAAGGCAAUCGCUGGAUGACAAUUCAAGCAUUUAUUGAUUGUAUUAAUUGAGGUGCGUUAUCGAGGUGGGAAGACAAAAAGUAGAGCAACCUGGGAGGGAAGAAGGAAGAAUGUUUGUUUUUUUUUUCUUUCAUUUCCAGAACCUUUCAAUCCAUAUUUGACAUUCACCUGUUUAAGGCACCUUUUUACGAUCCUAAUUUGUGAUCAAAGAAACACUGUUUUGGACAUAUUUUCCGGAUUCCCAUUGACUCGUGCCAUAUGUGAACCGUGUCUGGUUUCAAGAGAAAGCAAAUCUCGCCGUAGCUUGUCGGUUUUCUCUAGUCAGUUAAGCUUUGACUAUUAGAAGUUGAAAGCGUUGCACAUCUUCCCGUGCCAGCUCUAAUGUGCUCCUCCCUUCUUUAACACACACUUCAGCUAAAAUGAAUUAUCUUACCCCGCUGGUGCAUUUUAAACCCAAACAUUGGACCAAAAUGUGAAGUUAUGUACAGCUCCUCUGACCCAGUUAAGUAUUUUUAAAACUUUCAAUAAGCUUUAGCCAUUCAAAAUAAACUGCAGUACAAGUCAUAUUCCAUAGGCCUAUGUUAAGAUUUCGUGUGGCAGUGAAGCUUCUCCUUUUGAAUUGUUUGUCCUUUGUAUUCUUUUCAUUGUACACAGUAUUGUUUGUUGUAUUUUUACUGUAACUUUAACCUCUGGAUGGUACUAAUAGAGUACCCUGUAUUCUUCAGGGCCCUUCAGAACAGGUGCUACGGCAAGACAGUUCAUUUGAGACGGAACUGAGAAUGAUGUAAAAUACGUAUACAGUAUAAAGUAUGUUUUCAAAAGAAGAAAAACCUUAUUACUCAAGCCACUGGCCUGAAACCAGACGUUUUAGCCAACAACAGACCCUGCCUCUUCAACUAAAUCUCUUUUGAGAUGAUGGGAAAUUGUACAUGUUGCUGUACUGUAAAACAUGUUACUCAUUUAUAGUACCCGUUUGAGUUUUCAUUAACAUGCUCUGUUUGGGUUUUGUAAAGGUUUCUGUACUGUAAUUGUUUUAGUCUACCCAUACGUUAUUAAUAUUCAUGUUUUAUAUCAGUUAUUUACAUGUACGCCUUAACUGUUUUAUCAUCCCAUUUCCAUUAAUCUGUAUUGUUCUGCAGUAUUCAGUUGUGUAAACAUUUUAAUUUUCUUUCCUUCCGCAUGGAGUUCCUGAGCUGUAAUCUGUAUGAUAACUGUUUAACCCAUGUGCUCUAUGAAAAGAUGUUGCGUAGAUUUAUUACACUUUUUCCCGUCUUGCAUUGUGGUUUCAUAUAUAGUUUAGAUAACUAAAUAUGCACAGCUAAGACUGGGAAGUUAAACUAAGGUUAUCAGUGUUUAAAAAAGGAUGACAAGCUUUGUAUCUUUACCUUGUUUAAUAAAACAGACUGUUAUAAAUUCA